CGAACUGCGCGGUCGGCCUGUCCGCCGCUCUCGGAUAUUCUACACGUUAUGCUGACGUCGUGCCUGUGCGUGGCCAUAGUGGCCAAAGGUGUUCUGGGACUUCGCCUCUCCAAGUUGGAAGUGCCGGGGGUUGUUGUCCACGGAGAACCCGUUUGGCUCAACUGUUCUUUUGAUAUCGAGACGGACGAGCUUUAUUCCAUCAAGUGGUACAAGAACAAUCUGGAGUUCUACCGGUACUUACCAAGCGAUCAUCCUCCCGCUCAGAAGUACGAUCUUCUCGGUAUCUAUCUCGACCUAGUGAAGUCAGAACUCGGUCGAGUGUAUCUGUACAAAACCGACUUAAAUUCCGAUGGCAGAUAUCGAUGCGAAGUAUCGGCGGAAGCUCCCUCCUUCCAAACGGUUCGGGCGGAGAAAGAGAUGAGAAUUUAUGUUUUGCCCGAACACGGGCCAACGGUCUCGGGAGCUCACUCUCGUCAUAGAAGUGGCGAAGAAGUUAACGUCACUUGCACUUCCGCUCUAUCCAAGCCGGCCGCCAUAUUGAAAUGGUACAUCAACGACAAAGAGGCUCGCAGGGAUUUUCAGAUACAUUAUCCGCCCUUGUUGCACGUUUCCGGAUUGGAAAGUUCUCGUUUGGGUCUUAAAUUCGUCGCGGAUUCGAAACACUUCUGGAACGGUACCAUGAAAUUGAGGUGCGUGUCGUUGAUGUCUCAAGUAUAUGCCAAGAGCAGUGUAGAAAUAGUGGCUUCUACUAAUGCCAGAGCCUCUGGAUUACAUUCGGCAGGAGUGAGCGGAGAAGCAGUGACCAUUACGGGAGGUAAACUUCGCUACCAGAUAGGAGAGCACGUGGAUGUCAAUUGUACAGCAGUCAAAUCUCGUCCUCCUGCUGAAUUGCGAUGGUUUAUCAAUGAUAAAAAGAUUAAAUCGGAAAACGUGACCAGAUACCCAACAGUGAUUUAUCCGGAUGGACAGGAGUCGUCGAUUUUGGGUCUGAGGUUCAUGGUUCUGCCUAGGCAUUAUAAGAGAGGGGAGAUGAGGUUGAAAUGCACGGCAACUCUUUCUAAGGUCUUCAAUAGUAGCAGUAAAGAAAUGAUUCUGGGAGGAAAUCAGCAGAGUUCUGGCUUGCACGUUCUCGAUAACGGAGGAAAAGUUUUAAACCGAGGUCCUCCACUAGCCAAAAUCCUGUGGAUUCUGAUGGUGGGAGUGUUGAUCGCUUGUCUGUAAAACGGAAGACGGUGGGACCACGUGAAGCCGGGUCUAUCUCUUCGACGUCGAAUCGGCGGCUUCCCCAGCCAGCCCGACGGAGUUUGGAGAAUCGGAGAGACCGCCGACGUCACACCACGCAUUAAACAAUUUCGACUGGUCGUACCGGACCGCGCGGGAAUUCCCGGCUCAUAGGUAUGGGGGCGCCUUUCAUCAAACCACGCUACGCGCCCUCUCUCGGCUACUGGCCACCCGGGUUUGAAUACGUACGUAAACUUUCGGCGGGGGAAGCUGCCGUGGCAGGGAGGGUGCGGGGCGUCUACCAACGGACAGAAAGUUCCGUUUAUGUUUUGUUAAAUUUGUUUUUCCCGAGCGUGGCGGGACCGUCCGGCUCGGGAAGUCGGUCGGAUCAUGGCGCACCCGCGGGUCGGAGUCCGUUACGGCCGGGCCGAGCGCCAAAAUACGAAUAUAUUUGUUUUCGUAUGUAUAUUUUUGUGGAAAGAAAGUAAAUCGCCUACGCGAAUGUAU